AAUGCCAUUGCUCAGAUGAAGGCAGCCAUUCUGAAGGAUCUUACUGACAGAUACCAAGGAGAGGAUGAAAAGUUCAUGCAGGAGAGCAGUGCUUUGGAUCCACGCUUUCGGACCUUGCAACAUCUAGGCAGUGGAGAGAGAGAGGACGUCUUUGAAAGAAUAAAGUUCAAAGCAUCACAGAUGCAACAACAGGACCAAGAUGUGCUGCCCAGGAGCCCACAUCCAGCAGAUCUGGACGACAGCAGCGCGAGCUUUGUGCCUCCUCUUAAAAAGCAUGCCCUUGAGGACCUCCUUGGCUCUUCUUUUAGCAGUAAUCAAGUCACAGGUGGAAUUCAGGCAGAAAUUGACUCUUACUGCAAAGAAGCAUUAGUUUCUCUGUCUGCUUGCCCUCUUAAGUGGUGGAGAGACAAUGCAGGGCGGUAUCCUAUUCUGUCUUCAUUAGCAAAGACCUACCUGUGUAUACCCGCUACCUCGGUGUCCAGUGAAAGGGUAUUUUCAACAGCAGGGGAUAUUGUAAAUGCCCAGAGGUCUCUUCUUCUCCCUUGCAAUGUAGAUCUUUUGAUCUUUCUAAAGAAAAACUUGAACAUAAGCUAAAUGAUAGGUCAGUGUUUUUUUAAAAGGCUUUUUGACUGACUAUUUUAUUUAAGUUUAAGUUAUGUUCCUAAAUACCAGUUUUAAAAGGCUGCUUUUAUUUGCCUUGCGCAUAAACCUGACUUAAC